AUGGCUAGUGAUGGAACCGAAAAAUUACACCUUGCCGCGCCUGCAGUGACAGCUUUGAAGAAUGCGGCUGCUGGGGAGUCUCUAACUACUCGGGUCCGGAUGGAGAGGUCUUUUAGCGAAGAUAUCCAAGAAGGUUCUCGAGAACUGAAAGAAGCUGCAGAGCAGACAAGGAACAUCAUCUUGGAUCUUGGCCUAGACGGCAUUAUUCGAUGGGUCAGUCCUUCGUGGACCGAUGUGGUUGGCACCGAUCUGGAGGCGGUCAAGGGUAAUCCUAUUUCAAAGUUCAUCCUGGAUAAGCCAGAAGCUUUCACAGAGGCCAUAAACUCGCUCAAGAAUGAUGACUCAAAAAGCCAAUUUGUCAGGUUCGCAAUCAGGGUUGGCAUAGCAUCAGACCUGGAGCCGAUGCUCACCUCUGAGCAGAGAGCAGAGGCAGACGGAGACAAAUCCGUCUUGGAGCUCGAGGGUCAAGGGAUCAUGGUCUACGAUCGUAUAUCAGGAGGGGAGAGCCAUACUAUGUGGAUGUUACAACCUGCUGCAGAGCCUGUGCACAUCACUAUUGCCCUUCCAAGGUUUCUUGUCGAGUCUCUCGGCGUUGGCGCAGAGCUACUGGCCAAAUAUUUGACAGAGCUGGCAGAGAGCGGCGCCAACGACCCUGCCCAACAUCCACCGCCUCUACCCGUAUUGUGCAGAGUGUGUGAACGUACCAUUGUCCCUUGGUGGUUCGAGAAGCACUCUGAUCUGUGCGUGCAAGAGCAUCGAGCGGAAAUGGACGUGCAGAUGGCUCAAGAGGCCCUUGUUGAACACCGCCAUGCUAUUGUCAGAGUACUCGAUGCCUUUGAAGCUCGCAAGUCGCGUAAUUCAUCCGGCGAGAGCAGCCCCGUCGUCGUGCCACCGCCAGAAUACAAAGGGAUGCCUAUUGGACCUACUUCGAGCCCGUCGUCUGGGCUGUCUUCUGCCCCAACGUCGCAUCCCGGAACACCUCUGAGAUCUCGCAGUCCCUCCGGAGCAGGCCUUGGUCACUCGCGUGGGAGGUCUUUCGCCGUCAGACGGCCACUUGCGCGCAUCGUGGAGCUCAUACUAGAUUUAUGUGACACGGCUCUUGAAAUCAGCAUUCCUGCUAUCAAAGAGACGAAGAAUGAGCCCGGCGAUGAAUUCAGAACCCAGUCCCCUCAGUCGGAGUCGCGCAUUUCGCAGAUUCUUCAGUGGCAGACACCUAGCAGUUUGGAGCACGAGAUAGGUUUAGCAGCCCUAAGCGUGGACACCGAAAAGCUAGCUAAAGCAAAGAUCGAAGCUGUUCACCGACAUCGCACGAUCAUUGAGUAUGCGGAGCGUAUUCGGCAAGAAUACCUGGCUGAAGUGGACGCUUGUAUCGGCGAAGCACUGAGAAAGGCUGAAAGGGUUGCAGCUGGUGAAGAACUAUCCUCUUCAAGUGAAAGCGAGACUGAGGUGGAGAAUCAAACGCUCCCAGAUGUUACAGAAGAGUGUCUUUCACCUGCUCCAGAAGGCGUCGUACGAUCUUCACAAUCGAACAUAGAGCUGUCCUCAAUGGCAGCUGCGCUGAGGAGUAGCUCGAACGUACCAUCCCAAGAUCAUUCACUGCCAAGGCGAUCUUCUUCUGUUGCUAUAUCGACUCGCUCAAGCAGUCCGCUUGAAUGCCCUACACCCCGGUCACACCGAAGCGGUCUGCUUGGCCAUCAUCAGCCAUCAACAAUGCGAAACUCCAUGUACCUCGAGAGCGAUGCCAAUGAAAGUGACAGUAGCUUGGUCUCAUCUGGCGUACCAGGAAAUUUGCGAACAGAGUCUCCUUCGGAGUACACCCUGAGUCGCACCCCAAGCUGUCGAGAUCGCAAGAGGAAAAGUUUGCAUCUCCAUGGUCUUAACUCUGGCUCCCCACGACGGCAGCCAUCACCUGGCCAGGUUCCUCCGCCUCCUUCUUCCCCGCUACGAAUGUCUAAACCUCGCGUUCCUGGUGCUAUUCCUAGUGCUGAACGUACGCCGUCGCCCGUUGUCUCGCCAUUGCUGACCACAGGUGAAUACAUGCCACCCCAUCACCAUCCACAUCACCACAGGAGGCAGUCAUCAGUGCAUUCGUCGGAUGCGAGACCACCGUUGUCACCCAAGAUAGGCUCCAUAGCUCAACCUCCCCAACGAGUCCAGCCGCCAUCCAUCAAGGACUUUGAAAUCAUCAAACCAAUCAGCAAGGGCGCUUUUGGUAGUGUCUAUCUCUCUAAGAAGAAAUUGACUGGGGAAUACUUUGCCAUCAAAGUCCUGCGGAAGGCUGACAUGGUUGCAAAGAAUCAGGUGACCAAUGUCAAGGCAGAACGAGCUAUUAUGAUGUGGCAGGGUGAAAGCGAUUUUGUCGCAAAGCUUUACUGGACAUUUUCAAGCAAGGACUAUCUGUACCUGGUAAUGGAAUAUCUGAAUGGGGGGGAUUGCGCUUCUCUGAUCAAGAUCCUUGGGGGGCUCCCGGAAGAUUGGUCAAAAAAGUAUAUUGCUGAAGUCAUAUUGGGGGUGGAGCAUCUGCACAGCCGGGGCAUUGUGCACAGAGACUUGAAGCCAGAUAACCUGCUGAUUGAUUCGAAAGGCCAUCUGAAGCUGACCGAUUUUGGGCUCUCACGGAUGGGUCUCGUUGGGCGACAGAAAAGGGUGCUGAAAGACAACGCGGAAUCUGCACCAGAUUUGCUCAAGCAAGGGCCGUUUGUGCGCGCUCAGUCGACUGCAACUUCCAGGUCAGCAUCAUUUGAUUAUCAAGGUUCACAUUCACCAAGCCAAACACCAUUGUUGACGCCGGCACUCGCAGGUGGCCUGGACCAGCCAUCCUAUUUCAACCUAAGCCGUGAGAAUACGUUAAGCCGACAAUCCUCCAGAAAGACCUCAGGUCAUCGGAGUGAUGCUGGCGGUGUUUUGAGCCAUGAGCUCCACCACGCUUUCAGAUCUUUUUCCAUCCACGAUCCAGCUGACAUGCAUGCUCCACCCACCGCAUCGAGAGGUGGUCCAAUUGAGGAAGAGUCCAACAGCCAUGGCAGCAACUCCCCUGAUAUUUAUCCCUUGCAAACAAUUGUGAGCAAUGUUUCUUCUCAGGCUCCUGCUGGAGUCACACCGUCUAUGUUGCCACCUCCAAUGGCGCUUUUCGACCCAGAGGAUAGCACUCGUCGAUUUGUCGGUACGCCUGAUUAUCUGGCGCCGGAGACCAUCAAUGGAUUGGGUCAAGAUGAAAUGAGUGAUUGGUGGUCCAUAGGCUGUAUCCUGUUUGAGUUUCUGUUCGGGUACCCUCCUUUCAAUGCUGAUUCUCCCGAAAAGGUUUUUGAAAACAUUCUGGCUCGCAGGAUUGCGUGGCCAGAAGAGCCAGACCUGCCGGUCUCAGAGGAAGCGAGAGAUCUGGUCAACAAGUUGAUCCAACUAGAUCCGCGUGCUAGACUUGGGGCAAACACCAGUGAGAAAUAUGCCAGUUCCGCUGAAGAGAUAAAGAGCCAUCCCUGGUUUUCUGAUAUCAACUGGGCGACACUAUUCGAGGACGAGGCACAAUUUGUUCCUAAUCUAGAGAAUCCCGAAGAUACGGAGUAUUUCGAUGCUCGAGGAGCGACUCUCCAGUCAUUCCCAGAAGAGCUUGAGGAACAACUUUCACCCCGGAUGACACCAGGUGGGACAGAACUUUCUGAAAGGCCACAUGAUGCACUUGGGAGAGUCAGGUCUCAAGUAAAUACUCUCAAGAGAGGUCUUAUGCCGCUUCACAUACCUCCCCACGUUGCUCGUGAUUCGCGAAGCAGACGAUUGAGUGAACCAGCUGUGGCUGAUGAUUUUGGGAAUUUCACUUACAAGAAUCUGCCUAUUCUCGAGAAGGCUAACAAAGACAUCGUGAACAAAAUGAGGGUUGAAGCAAUGCAUGCACAAACAAGAGGCUCAACUUCAACAGCCGUUACUACCAGCAACACACCCGUCACCAGCUCUCCGGGACCAUCAUUAGAAGGUAGCCCUCUGCUUCCUGGGCCGUUGAAAAGGACUCUGUCCAUGAGCAAAGGGCUUCGGUCGGCAUCACCUUCCGGUCCACCUGGAUCCAACUCCUCACCAAGUCGUCCUUCUCAGCCCUCCUCACCUUUACUCGUGCAAUUCUCUACAGGUCAAAAUCAUGAACGGAGGAAGACCUCUGGCUCCUCGCAAUCCAGCGGUUCCCUUCAACCAGGCAGCUUUUUCGAUCUCCCUCGCGAAACUGUCGCAAAAGCGCCGUCUGCCGCGUCAUCACCCAUCAAGAACAUGCGGCUUCCUGUUGUAUCUCCUGCCAAGGUGCCAAGUGCGCAACGGCAGAGUAGCAUGCCCAACCGUGUCAGAUCGCAGACAGUAGGCUCACAGGACGGUGCCGAAUCUCCUCGCGAAACCUUCAUACCGGGUCAUCACAAGCGUAGGAGUCAGUUGUUUGUGCAAGACAUCUCCCCGUCUUCCUCGGACAACGAGGGAUCGCAGUCGAAAGCUCUGUACAAGAUGCAACGGCGACGGCAGAGCUCUCGCAGGAUGUCACAGUUCAACCUGGUGGAUGGCCCUGUCUAUCGACCUUUAGAUGUGUUGAUCUGUGAAGAUCACCCCGUCUCGAAAAUGGUUAUGGAGAGGCUGUUUGAAAAGCUGCGUUGCCGAACCAUUACUGCCUCGACUGGAUCUGAAGCUAUGCGCCUUGCUGUUAGCCAGAUUCAAUUUGACAUCAUCUUUAUGGAAUACAAGUUGCCGCUGAUAAAUGGUGCGGACCUCGCCCGCAUGAUUCGUGACACGAAAAAUGCAAACACCCAUACACCUAUCGUUGCCGUCACUGGCUAUCUGAAAGAGUUGCCUGAAACACAUCAGUUUGACAGUCUUGUUCAGAAGCCACCAACUCUGACCAAACUUACCGAAGCCCUUUGCAAAUUUUGCGCCUGGAAGCUACCACCCAAGGACUUCAAACCGUCCAUGCCGCUGUCGAUACCACGCUCUAACCUCCGACAAGAGACCCAGACCAUGCAGGAUAGUCCAACCUCUACAGCCUCAACGGCGCCAACCAUGCCGGACUCCUCUUGCAGGGGUUCGAGCAGAGAGGACUCUAUCAGCAGCAGUAGCUUCUUUGGGGACAUGGAACCGGUCAAAGGGGAACCAGGAGCGGUCAUUGUCAAGAAGCCAACAGACGAAUGGCCGGUCAAGGGUGGUCUUGGGAUUUCAGAGGACAUUGUCACGGAAAAGAAGCCUUACAUCAUGAGUGGAUUCCCACAUCUCGUUCAUACAGAGUCUGCUCCUGCGGCGCAAGAGUCCCUCACAUAUCCGGGCCUUCAGACUCCUCGCCGACAAGUGUCACAAGAAGGACUGACAGCAAAGCGAGCAUCGCGCGAAAGGCAUGGCUACGAACUGGGCGCUGAGUCUGGUGACGAUGAGGAUGACGAACUUGGGGAUGUGCAGGUACGCGCCAAGUCGCCACAUGGGAAGCAAGUGCGUCAAGCUUCGAAGUUGGGGCAUGAGAUGAUGCGGACCAACAGUCGAGGCAGCGUUAUUUCGACCAUUGAAGAUGGCAAAGCGGCUGAGCUGGAAGCUUCGAGGUCUUCUUUGGAGAUACUGGAGCGGAGGAUGGAAGAGCUUAAGAUACCCGAAGAAUACGAAUCACCGGCAUCUUUGGUGGCUAGCCAGCCACGAAAGCUGAAUAGGGCUAAUAGCUACCAUGCCCAUCCAGAUCCCGAGCCGGUAUUUGAUGAAAAACGACCGCAAAGUCGAGGUCACAUAACUCCUCCCGUCAUCUUCCCCCAACAGCCGGGAAUGGAAGUCAAAAUGUUUGAGAUGGAUGCGAAUGCGGAACGAGUGGGCGACGGAGACGUUACUCCAAUGCCGAAGAAGACUGUUGACUUGGAAGAACAGCCUACGCCGAGACCGCAAGGCAGUCCACUCAGCCAUUCUUGA